AUGAACCAUCUCGUCGCCAUCCUUGUGCUGAUUAGUGUGGUUCCUCUAGAUGCUAAGUUAGUUUACAGAAGACCAUCACCUUGCUCACCAAGCUGUCCACACGAGAUAUUUCGCUGCAAUCCUUGCAAGUGUGAUGCACGCACAGAUCUGAGAUGCCGCCAAGGUGAAUUUUGCACUCUUGAAAGCUCAUGGCCAAAGCCAUGGCCAGAAUACGUUUAUUGGUCGUGCUACACUGCCACUAAAAACGGCUACGUUAACACUGGAAGGUGGAAUUAUGUUGAGAAUACUGUUAUAACCGACCCCUUGAACUUGUGGGGUCAGGGUUAUUUCUCUCUACGUGGAUUCUUAACUCCUGAACAGACUUAUUUCAAAUGA